CUCCUGAAACUGGAAGGCACUUCUGUAGUUGUGUAGAUAGAUUCAUGGGUUUCCUUGUAGCCGCUAUGAACUUUUCUCCUACCUUGAUGCAUCAACCAGCCAAAUCGAACCAUCAAUAUGAAAAGCUUCAGGGGAGAUCUCAUGGCCAAUCAUCUUUGUUUGACCGCCGUGGUUUCUUGAACUGUGUUGUUGCUUCUUCGUUCGUAGCCACACUUACACUUGAGUUUUCUGGAUUACAAGCUCAGGCGGCGGCGGAGGAAAAAGUAGAAGAAGGAGAAGGAGUAGUUGGUGCUUUCAAGACUUUGUUUGAUCCUAACGAGAGAACAAAGUCUGGCAAAGAGUUACCAAAAGCCUACUUGAAAUCUGCAAGAGAGGUUGUGAAAACGAUGAGGGAGUCAUUGAAAGAGAACCCUAAAGACAAUGCUAAGUUCAGAAGAAGCGCUGAUGCUGCUAAAGAAUCCAUUCGUGAUUAUUUGAGCAAUUGGAGAGGACAAAAGGCUGUUUCUGGAGAAGAAUCAUACGCGGAGCUGGAGAAUGUAAUCCGAGCUUUGGCUAAAUUUUACUCAAAGGCAGGUCCUUCUGCACCACUUCCUGACGAGGUUAAGACUGAGAUUUUGGAUGAUCUUGAUAAGGCUGAGGAGUUUUUGUAACAAUCACAUCCUUUUUGACGUUUUUGCUGUAACAUGGUUCAUUAUCACUGAAACUUGAGAGCAAAAGAUCUGUUAGAUAAAAGAGCUCUGAUAUGUAAAACCUAGAAUGUCCCAUAUUUUAUAUAAAUGGAACUUGAUAUAA